CAGGCAAAGGGCAGUGCAGGGGAAGCUGUCUGUCUCUCUGCUAGCAAGACAUGCCUCUGUUAGCUCUUCGUCCAUAUAUUCAUCCACAUGAUUUCAAGAGAUUGUGCCAGGCUGGUGCACAGGUUGUGAUUGUUCUGCUUGCAGGGCACAAUGGGAGUGGUCACAGGCAGCAGCAGAAGAAUGUCACCGGCAGCAGUGCCACCCAACUCCCUCCUGUUGGUGAACCCGGAAUUAUAAGAGACGGAUUCAUCUUCCUGCAUUGCUAACGAGACAUUAGGAAGUGGAGUUCAUUGAAUUCAAACCUAGCCUGGGCAAAUAAGGCUGCUGCACACAAGGCAGGAAUGCUGUUGGAAUAAGAGGGUCAGUGCAAUCAGAGAAGCUUUCCUAUACAAAGAUGUCUUACAAGCUCCCUCCAUUCAUAAUGCCGCAGAGCUGCAAGCAGAAAGUGGAGCUCAGUAUCCCUCGGAGCCUGAGUUACAUUAAUAACAUGUACCAGAAUGCACAGCUGGCAGAGGGAUUAGGGGGACCAGGUACAAAAUUCACACGGCCCACUGAAGGAUUUAAUCGGCUUCCUCGAGCCCAAAGCAAGAUGAACACUGGCUGCGACCCAGAGCUGAGACCGAUUAUGCGGCGAAGAACCAAAUCUCUGCCCAGCUCAUCUGAAAGAAAGCGUGCCGUUAAAUGCCAGCCCAAAUGCCAUAAAGUCAGGUUUGUAGAUUCUCUUGGUUUGGAGUUGGCAGAGGUUAAACUUUUCAGUUCUGCAGAUGACCCUUCCAUCCCACUGCAUGUCCUCUCCAGACUAUCCAUAAACUCAGCCCUGUGCUGCAGCCAAGAGCUGCAAGUCCCCAUGCAGUACUUGGAGCCUGAUUUCCAGCAGCCGAAAGACAGUGGCGAUUUCCUGGAUCGGCUGCAGCAACAGUGCGUGUGUUUAGAGCGAGUGGUAAGUUCAGAGGAGAAAGGCAUUUCUGGCACAGUGUGGGUUGUCAAUCUGGCCUUUGAGAAGUGUGUUUCAGUCCGGUAUACAUUCACCAACUGGAAAAACUACUACGAGGCCAAGGCAGCAUGGCAGAACAGUGCAGAGAAUAGUGGCUUGGAUGUAUUCACUUUUGCCAUUCCUAUACCCCCUUUCCUCCAGCACAUUUGCUCAGUGAUACAGUUUGUCAUCAGGUAUCAGGUCGCUGAGAAGGAGUACUGGGAUAACAACCAGGGCAAGAACUACACUUUCACAUACAGAAGCCAUACUCUCCGAAUGCCAAAGGACAGUGAGCAGAGCUGGAUUCACUUCAUCUGAUCCUGCAACACCGUGUUGUAUACACAAAUAAACAUCACAGUGGCUGCUGUCCCAUUACUGUUUCACUACGGGAUAACCUGCAGGGGGGGUCAGCGAACAUUUGGCAUGUUUGGAAACUAGGCUGAGUCAUUGACCUUUUAAUGCAAAGGGGGCAAGUUAUAUUUAGUUGUAGGCAAGAGACAUGUGGACUCUUACAUUACAGCAAGAAUAGAUUCCAAUCUGAAUGGAUUAUGUCCAUGGUGGAAAAUUGAUAUAAAUCAGGGAUGUCCAGUUUGUGAAGUUAUACUUCAGUAUGAUCACACAGUCUGUAAGGGGGGGGGGGGGGUUAGAGAUGUGCAACUAGUGGGCCUUCAGUUGUUGUUGUUGCACUAUGACUGCCACCAUCCUGCCAGCAGUUGAAGAAUGAUGGAGGAUGCUAGGAAUGUACAGGCUGGACAAAAUAUCAACAAUAUGGGGCAGAUGUACCAAGGGUCGAAUAUCGAGGGUUAAUUAACCCUCGAUAUUCGACUGGGGAAUU